AUGAAGACGGAGCCGAUCGAGAUCAAGCCCUCCGCUGGGGAGUGGAUGGGAACAGUCGUGCAACCCAUCUCGCUGCUCUCGAGCUCCGAGCGGGCAUGCUCGGACUCCGCUUCCAUCUCCUCCUACACAGAUAGCGACAGCGACAGCGUGCCCGAAACCGAUAGCGAGAGCGACAGCGACAGUGACUCGGACUCGGAAUCGGACUCAGACAUGAGCAUGGACUCUGAAGAUGACGAGCUGGAUGAGGACGUCAAGCCCGAGGAAGUCAAGUUGGAACUCAGUCUACCGAAUGAUAUCCCGCUGCCGCCGCCGCCGAGACCGGCCCAUUUGGCUGGAGGAGACGUCAAGAAGGAGGUGGGGGAAAGAGGGGAUGGCGAGGAUGAGGAUGAGGAAAUCGAGGACGCGGAUAGGACCCGUGUCGAUAAUAUGCUCGACCUUGACUCUCUCGCCGCUCCACCUGUCCAACCCUCUCCCUCUGUUAUUCAGGUUCGGCCUGCCGCACCGAUCCUGCCUCAAGCGGCCGCUACGCCUCGCCGGCGUUCACCAUCGACGGAGGAAGAAGCGGAGGAAGGACCGGCAGUCCGCAUCACGCAGUACACGGCAUACAGUCCCGCGGUGGUGGAGGCUGUCGUCCGCGCCGCUGCCCCGCAGGCGUUCAACGGCAACCGGCUUUACUACGGCGUUGACGCUUACAAUCCGCCGGAAGAAGGAGAGGACGCGAAGCUCAGCGUCAUUGUCAUCCCGCCGAUCGAAGGCGGAUGGGCCGUGGCGCUAAUCUCCCACAAGCAGGGUUGGGGGCGGGUGAUCGCUGCGCCGCCUGUGUUCCUCCCAACGCCAACCUCAACUUCUGGCGGCAACGCUUGUCCAUCGACCAGCCCAAGCAUCUCGGCAGGCAGCUUCGCGACCGGCCCGCUCGCGCUUCGGCUAUCGAGGGCCAGCUCGGGACUCGACUUCCACCGCAUCCCGCUCGGCGGUGUCCCAGCGUUGGGCGAGAAGAACGCGGGCGUAUGGGCUAGCGCAAUUGCAUUGUGGCUGAGCCGGUGGCCGUGGGACCCCACGAUCGUCACCCGGCGCGGGUUCCAGUUCAUCAAUGUCAACAUGACCCGAGCGCGCCAGGAGCAUCACGACCUGCUGGCCGGUGGGCCGCUGCGUUCAACAUCUGUGAAGACCAAGGUGCCAGCUGCACUGCGCAAGGGCAAAGGCAAGAGCAAAAAGGAAAAGAUGGCCGAGAAGGCCGAGAAGGCUGAGAAGCGCCGGCAGAAGUCGGACGCGGAGGCUGUUGCACGCGCCGAGCUGAAGCGACAAAGGCGGGAAGAGAAUGAGCGCAACGCGGCGCGGAACGCCGAGAAGAAGCGGUUGCGGAAGGAGAAGGAGGAGCAGGAACAGAAGGAGCGCAAGGAGCUGGAGAAGCGGAACAAGAAGGCGGCAAAGAAGCUGAAACAAAUGAGUGAGAAGGAGAGGAACCAGGCGUACAAGGAGAUGAGGCUGAAGCGCAAGGCGGAGAAGAAGCGUGCACUCGAGGUGGAGGAGAGAGCGCUGAAUGACACCCCGGCGAAGAAGUCGAAGAAGGAGAAGAAGAAGGAGACACCGGUCCGCGUCAAGACGGAGCCUGGCGUGGUUGCGACGCCGAGGCCAGUGGUGAAGCAGGAGCCUCUGUGA